AUGAAGUAUUCCCAGCUCCUUGCCAUAGGCUUCGCCGCUUCAGUUGAUGCCCACGGCUAUCUAACCAUUCCCAAGAGUCGCACUCGUCUAGGCGCAGAGGCCGGCAUCGACUCUUGCCCUGAGUGCACCAUUCGCGAGCCCGUGUCAGCAUGGCCUGACGUAGAAGCCGCGACAGUCGGUAGAAGCGGCCCAUGCGGCUUCAACGCCCGAGUCAACGUUGACUAUAAUGUGCCCUCGAGCAACUGGGGCAACACCCCAGUAGCCACGUACAAGCCUGGGGACGUCGUCGACGUGCAGUGGUGCGUUGACAACAACGGAGACCAUGGCGGCAUGUUUAGUUACCGCAUCUGCCAGGACCAGGCCAUCGUUGACAAACUUCUGACGCCCGGAUACACUCCUACCGAUGAGGAGAAGCAGGCCGCCGAGGAUUGUUUCCAGGAUGGCCUGCUCCCCUGUACCGACGUCUCGGGGCAGUCUUGCGGCUUCAACCCGGAUUGCUCAUCUGGGCAACCCUGCUGGAGGAAUGACUGGUUCACCUGCAAUGCUUUUGGAGCAUCGUCCCGCCGCGGUUGUCAGGGCGUCGACAACGCUCCUCUUGGAUCGUGCUAUACCUCUAUCGCUGGAGGAUAUCCCGUCAGCAAGAAGAUCAAGAUCCCAAAUUACGUCUCGAACCACACACUUCUGUCGUUCCGUUGGAAUUCAUUCCAGACGGGUCAGGUUUACCUCACCUGCGCAGAUAUCGCCAUCACCGGUAGCGGUACUGGAACACCCCCUCCUACUACGACCGAGAAUCCUGGCACGGGCUGCAGCACAGUACCUGUCACCUUUGACCAUGUCGUCACGACAAAUGUGGGCCAAACAGUCAAGGUUGUGGGAUCCAUCCCCGCCCUUGGUAACUGGAGCCCAUCCUCGGCGCCGGCACUCUCAGCUUCAAAGUAUACCUCUAGCAAUCAUCUUUGGACCACGACUUUGAAUCUUCCGGCCGGCCAGUCAUUCCAGUACAAGUUUGUCAUUGUUGAGUCGAAUGGUGCGGUGAAGUGGGAGAGCGAUCCUAACAGGGCUUAUGCUGUUCCGAGCAGCUGCCAGGCCGUGACUGUCAGUGGAACAUGGCGUUAG